GUCCUCAUGGUUGCAACAGAUGUCUUGGUUGAAGCUGGCACACAAACUCUCGGUGCCUCUGUUUCCAUAGACAAUAACAUAGACCCAUGCUACAUUCCGCCGCCGCAUCUGAAACAAUGCACUGAGAAGUGCAGAACGACCCAAGUGCGAUGCAUGAGUGAAUGCAGGGUGCAUGCGGAUGAGUGUGGAACACCCUACAUGGUGAAUUGUUCAUCCGAAUGUGAGAGAAACUUUGCCUAUUGCAUGGUGGAUUGCAAGCGCCCGGAUUCCCAAUAAUGAAUAUACGUCGUAUCG